CGGAGCGCUAGAGCUCAACCCACACAGCGCCCUCCUCUCCGCCGUACGUCGUUCUCUUCUCCGAGGAGACGCCAAACUUUCUUGCUGCACCCGCCAUGGCACCGAGGCUGGAGCGCGGCUUCCAUCUCCCGAACUCGGAGCGGGAGGACUCCCUCUUCCUCCGCGCCCUCAUCUCCGUCGUGAACGGGGACGCCGUCGUCCCCAGGCUGCACCACCUCGAGCCGUCGUCCACGCCGCGGUUAUUUGCAGCUGCGUGCGCCAGCUGCGGCGUGGACGGGUGCCUCGGCUGCGUAUUCGUCGCUGCGCCGGCGACGGCCGGCUCGAGCAGCGAGGGCGAAGGGUGCUCCGCCGCGAGCUUCGUGAAGGAUGGCGGCGUCGGGAAGAUCACGCGGAGGAGGAGGCGGAGCAAGUUCAGGGGCGUGAGGCAGCGGUCGUGGGGGAAGUGGGCGGCGGAGAUCCGCGACCCGCGCCGCGCCGCGCGCAAGUGGCUAGGCACCUACGACACCGCCGUGGAUGCCGCCCGCGCCUACGAUCUCGCGGCGCUCGAGUUCCGUGGCCACCGCGCCACGCUCAACUUCCCAGACGCGGCCGCAUCGCCGUCGUCGUCGGCGGCGUCGGCUUCUGUUUCUGAUUCUUCUUGGGCGGCUGCGCGGUCGUAGAACUUGCCGUUGCCGGGCAGCCCUCGCGAGAACGGCGGGUCAAAAUGUGUCGUCGCCGGCACAUGGAAGAUGGAAGACGGGAGUAGGUAGGACAGGUGGCGAGGGAGCAGAAGAUCAUGAUGCUGGAUGAUGGCAAAACUUCGUGAUCCAUGUGGUGGAUGAUUUAUUCGUUUCUUCUCUUCGCGUUUUUUCAAAGAAUGUUGGGUAAGCAAGGCGACCUGUAGUCGGUGCAAUGGCCGCCAAAGCCAGAUCACUGUUGGCCCAAACCACCUCGUCAAGGACUUUCCGACGACACGGUACCACCGACGAUGAAAGACGAUGACAAAACAAAGCAACUUGCUGACGAACUCGGUGAAGUGCUUUACGUCGAGACGCACCGUACAAAGCCGAUGCACCGCAGUGCAAAGCAGCUCGCCGAUCUCCCAGGCUAAACACGUACGUACGCAACAGCCUUUGGGCGCACACACAGGAGACUUCGGCUGAUUGCCACACGUACGUGAUGAUUUUUCUUUUAUUGUUUCUCACGAUCUUGCUAUAAGGCUGCGGGAUACAGGCAUAUUUAUCUCUCCCUAAUAAUAAAGCAAAUAGGGUUUCUGUUCGUCCGUCGU